AUGGUGACAUCUUGGAGGUCCUCCAUUACCACGGAAGUGGGGAUUGAGGAAGUUCUCUGUACCAGAUCUCUUCUGUCUCUCGGUGGUGUUCGGAAGGUGGGGCUUUCUGCUCUCUCCGGUAUUGGUUCUGGCCUUGGUCUCCCAUCUACUGCUUUUUCUCGCCACUGGAGGUCUGAGUGUGGUCUCUGGCCACUGCCCCUUCUUCUUUCUUGGAGGUAUGUGCGCAUAUCCCUUCUUCCAUUUCCGUUGGAGCUCUCGGGCUCCCGGUGUGGAAGGCUACACACUCUUUCUUGCGAGUUUCUAGUAGAUCUAUAG